CUGGCCCAUCAUAUACAUCUUGGCAGUGAAAUCGUGUUAUGUGGUAUACAAUAGUUAUUAACCGGACUAUCAUUUCAAGUAAUGCUGCUGUUCAACGGAUGCUUUCUGAAUAAAGGAGUAAAAAUACAUACUGCUCAUAAAAAGUACCAUGAUGUAUAUAUAGAAAUAAUGCGAGGUUUUUAUGUUUGUUUCAUAUGUUGAUAUGUGUGAUUGCUUUUUGGAUUAGCGGUAACUUCAUAAUGCCUGUAGUUUCAAUUGAGCGAUUUUUAGAACCGCUGAGACAGUUCUAUGCUGUGAGUGCCAUUUGAAAAUUGUCCUCCUAUUUUAUUGGACGAAAUCCCACUAACACUGCAGCCAAUGGGUGAAUAGAGUGUUGCUAUAAGAGGGACACUCCUCUAUUCUGUGUUAUUCUUUUUUUCUUCCUCAUACAACUAGAGUGAAAAUGAGUGGACGGGGCAAGACUGGCGGUAAGGCGAGAGCGAAAGCAAAGACUCGUUCGUCGAGGGCGGGACUGCAGUUUCCAGUAGGUCGCGUUCACCGAUUGCUACGUAAAGGAAACUAUGCUGAGCGUGUUGGUGCUGGCGCUCCAGUAUACUUAGCUGCCGUGCUGGAGUAUCUAACUGCUGAGAUUUUGGAGCUGGCUGGUAAUGCGGCCCGCGACAACAAGAAAACUCGCAUCAUUCCCAGACAUCUGCAGCUGGCAGUGCGUAAUGACGAAGAGCUGAACAAACUGCUUGGAGGCGUUACUAUCGCCCAGGGCGGAGUACUGCCCAACAUCCAAGCUGUUCUGCUCCCCAAGAAAACCGAAAAAGCAGUGAAGGCAAAGUAAUUUCUGUUGCUUUCACGAGGACCAUUCUCCCAAAGGCUCUUUUAAGAGCCACCAAGUCUGUAUCAAAUACGCAAAACUACCAUUUCAACCAAUUCGACUUCAUGAUACUUUGUCUUGUUGUAUUGCCCAGUGCCGAUACUUCAUUCAUGUGGGGCCUGGGAACCAUCGUACCCCGGUUUUUGCAAUCGCACGUGUGGCCGGUAAACCAUAUGACAAAACUGAAAAUGUGAUGCUGUCCAAACCACAAAGUAUCUUAUGAGCCACUUAAAAUGUGUCUGAGCAAAUCUCUCCAGGUUAUAAUUGCGUGUGUCUGUGUGAUUUGUGUUUAGGAGAGAAUAUGUCACGCUCCAGUGUAGUUCAUGGAAUGACUGGUUAUUCUCUCCUAUC